AUGGAUUUUCGAUCGAAAAACUGCUUUAUAGACUUGAUCUCCUCGUUGCUAGACUGUUCCUCGUCAUAUUCUAAUUGCGAUCAGGUGAAAAAUGAGGUGUUCGAUUCGCUGAAAUCAAUAGGCGCUCAUCAGCCGAAUACCUUACUCACAGCAUGUCACCAAUACUUGUUACAGAACCCUAAAUUGUCCCCACCAUCGAAAGCUUUUGUACUGAACGCGAUCGACAGUGUGGUCUCCGACGGGAAAAUUGUGAAUGAACUGGAUGAACAGUUAGUUCUACUCAUAAUCAACCUUGCCACACAGGAGAUGACUAUGACCAGCAAAGAGGCAGACGCAGAGUGGGCAGAAUCAGCUAAGACUGUGCUGGUGACAUUGGCGAAAAGCCCUCGUUUUGCGUCUCAUGUGAUGGACGCGAUACUUCAGAAGUUUCAACCUGGAUUGACUACAAGUCCUCACCGAUAUAUUGUCUUAACAAUGGCAACCAUUGCAGAGCAUAAUCGUGAGCUUUUUUCAUUCGGGCUUGUUCCAUUUCUCACUGAUAUUUUAUCCCGAACUGUGCCGUUGCUGAGCCACGUACGAAGCGAUCCGCUUAGAUCUGCCUGGGCACGAGCGAUUUGUUCCUUCUGUGAGUGCAUUCGUGAAUGUGAAACGGAAAGACCUCAAGAAGCUGAUGAAGGCGAUGUCGAAAGUGA